AAUCGCUUCUUCAUGACGCCACCAAGGCUGGACUUCACCGGGAUUCUAUCGUAUUAUUGCACACACCCGCGGAGGAUGCACACUUGGAGGAGAGACAAGGCAGCGGGAAGACCUCCAGCGAUGGCCAGGAUUCUCGCACCUGUCGGCCGGUCUCCGGGUUGCUGAUUCCGGCCAGGUAGCAUCCGAGCGGAUCACCUGUUUUUUGGCUUUAUCACCAGGAAUAUACUAUUUAGUCAAAAACAUUUGGCAGCUUUCAUUUUGUGGACCAUAUCGGUAUAUAUAUUUUUGGGUCCUUUUUAAAUGAUUAUUUGACUUUUAACUUGCACAAUGGAUGAAGAUGUGACCAUUCACGAUGCCCGUGCACCUGUGUAGGCAUGAACUCUUCGGACUAAUAAAAUAACAAAAAAGGAUCACACCCUGGAUUUUUUAACAUUAAAGCCUCUAUAAGGUGAAGCUGAUUUUGGGUGCACACACAAACCACAUCAAAAAGAUGAUCAUGUUUCGUAAAUUCAGAUUCUUACUCCUCAUGGUGUUUUUGGUGGCAUGCACCGUGCACAUUAUGAUAGACUUGUUGCCCAAACUGGAGAAGAGGGCAUCGGGAACGGACGGCGAGGACAGCGGCUGCCAGUGCGCCCACCACGCCGGCGUGGAGGCGCAAGGCUGGGCUAAGCAGCGCGCCAGGUCGGUGGCCGAAACCGGUUCCUGGCCCAACAAACACACGCUGAGAAUCCUGCAGGAUUUCAGUAGCGAGCCCAACUCGAACCACACGUCCCCGGAAAAGAGCACCGCCGCCGGGGAGAAAGUGGAAGCUCCUCGGAGGUUGGGAAUGUCUACCGAGAAGACUGACGACCACAAGCCGCUGAUUGGAGAGGCGAACGGGGGUCAGACGGUGACUGGAGCCGGUGCAUCUCGACUCUCCGCUCUCUUUGAGCAUCCUUUGUACAAGAUUGGACUUCCGGGUCUUACGGACGUGGACACUUUAUUUAAUGUCAACAAUGACAUCAGAUUUUACCCUAGAGCAACUGGCAACCAAGGAUGGCCCAACGAGGGUGGCAACGACCAGGAGGAGGAUGACGAGGAGGAGAACUCCCCAGUGGCCGAGGUGACGGCAGAGUCGUACCCCAACUGGCUGCGUUUCCACAUCGGCAUCAACCGCUAUGAGCUGUACGCCAGACACAACCCGGUGGUGGACGCCCUGCUCAAGGACCUGGUGAACCAGAAGAUCACCAGCGUGGCUAUGAAAUCAGGAGGCACCCAGCUCAAGUUGAUCAUGACGUUCCAGAACUAUGGACAAGCUCUCUUCAAACCUAUGAAGCAGACCCGUGAGCAGGAAACGCCUCCGGACUUCUUCUACUUCUCAGACUUUGAAAGGCACAACGCGGAGAUCGCCGCCUUUCACUUGGACAGGAUCCUUGACUUCCGAAGAGUUCCCCCGGUGGCAGGGCGGCUGAUCAACAUGACUCGAGAGAUACGAGACGUGACGCGCGACAAAAAGCUCUGGAGGACUUUCUUCAUCUCGCCAGCCAACAACGUCUGCUUCUACGGAGAAUGUUCCUACUACUGCACCACUGAGCACGCCCUGUGCGGUAAACCCGACCAGAUCGAAGGCUCCCUCGCCGCCUUCCUGCCCGACCUCAACUUGGCCAAACGCAAGACGUGGAGAAACCCCUGGAGACGCUCCUACCACAAACGCAAGAAGGCAGAGUGGGAGGUUGAUCCAGAUUACUGUGACGAGGUGAAGCAGACGCCUCCGUAUGACCGUGGUACUCGACUGCUGGAUGUGAUGGACAUGACCAUCUUUGACUUCCUCAUGGGUAAUAUGGAUCGCCAUCAUUACGAGACCUUUGAGAAGUUUGGAAAUGACACCUUCAUUAUUCACCUUGACAACGGAAGAGGGUUUGGAAAACACUCACAUGAUGAGAUGUCCAUCCUGGUGCCUCUCAGUCAGUGUUGCAGGGUGAGGAAGUCUACCUAUCUCCGUCUCCAGCUGCUGUCGAAGGAAGAGUACCAGCUGAGCUCUCUGAUGGAGGAGUCUCUCCUCCGGGACCGCCUGUCCCCGAUCCUCAUCCAGCCUCACCUCCAGGCCAUGGAUCGCCGGCUGGGCCUGGUGCUGCAAGUCCUGGCCGACUGCAUGGCGAAAGAAGGCUACGCCAGCGUGGUGGAGGAAGACCUGGAAGGCGAAUCCAGCACCCACAGGGGCUCCGGUCACAGGUAGUGAGUGAGGGGCGAGGUCAGCAGGAACAAAGGGAUGUGUGGGGACGGCUGGGAUGCAUCCCACUUUUCAUAUCACGCUGAAUUCAGUGAAUUCCAAGACUGGAAACAUCCAUGCCUCUGUGGAAGUGUGUUGAUACGAGACACAGAUCUACGCAUACAGCAAGACUUUGACAUUUUGUGUUGCAGAAGAGAUAAAAGACGUCAUAAAUGUUUGAUUAUAUCAGUACAUAGAGCAAAUGCACAGUGGGGCGGCUCAGAAAAUAAGCUUUUAUGAGUUCACACGCAUUUACGGGAAAUGUUGUGUGAUGUUCUUAAAUGUACAAAUUUCAUUUAUGUUGGGAAAUACUUUUAUGUUUUUAUUCCCAUCUUCAGGAACUAGUGUAUUUUUCCCACUUUACACCAAAUACCGUAAAUGCUCUCAUUCAUUUUCCUUAAAGCGCCAGCAGAGAGGCAAGUAUUUCCGGAAUUCUUUUUUUUUUUUUUUACUUAGUAAAGAGUUUGAGUGCACGAGAACGUGGGAAGGAAAACUUAGCGCUCUUUGACCACAUGUUCGUGUGUUAACAAGUGUAUUGCACAACCAGCAGCAACAGAACCAAUGUUGUAACAGAGGUUAGGAGCAAACUGCUCAGCCAGCAUUAAUACCACUGAUGAGUUCAUUAUAAACAACAGUGCGGCAACUGUAACACGUGUGACUUUCACACCAACAGCCAGCAUUUUAAAGCGCAUGCAGAGGUAGAUAAGGCUGCUCACGACAUGUACUUAAACUGCAGCUACUGCUAUCAUGUGGAGCUAAUCUAGAGCAUCCCCAGAAGGUUGCCUACUGCCACAGCUUUUAAUGCUAGUGCUUUUUGACCCGGCGCUAAUCAGAGACCCCAGUUGUUGUUUUGCGACUGUAGGAGCCUCGGAGGUUUAUUGAAUAGAGGCGGUAAUUGGAGCAUUUACGGCAUAUUAAAUACGAUACCACUUACAGUAUACUGUUGUUCUGUUGAAGUAUCUCAAACAUUACUUUAAGUUGCCUUAUUAGUGCAUACAUGUCCCCCCUUAAACUAAAUGAAAUGUUAUUUCACCUUAAAUGAACCAAAAAUACUCCCAACGAGAAAGCAGUCAUGCAGUAUGAGCUUUAUUAUUUGCACUGGAAAGCCAUUCCAUACAAAAAAAAGGUGUUUACUUGUUCAAUGAGUAUUUAUUAGUCAGUCACCAAGAUGGAUGCUGUUUUCAUUUUAUUUUGUGUUGUUUUGACAUCCAAAUUUCAAAGUGUUGCAUUUUAACAGUCACGGCUACUGGCUGACACGUGCAAUGCCAGGAAUGAGUACUUGAAUGUUAAAGAGGGAUAAUAGUCAAAGAAAUGAUAGGUAAUUCAAUUAAAGGGACAUACCGUAAGACAUGGUAGGUCCCGCUAACGGGGGCUGAUGUUUUAUUAGAUUUUUAUUCCAGUGUAAAUACAGAGAAGUACUUUGUUGACCUAACAAGCAGCACGGCACAGUGAUUUGCUUGUUUUCUCGCUAUUGCAUUGUUACUGUGAAGAUCUGUUUACUGAAGUGUGCAAUCCAAAUAAAAAGACAGGAGAAACCGCCCUGUUGCCUAGAGGGUGCGUUUGUUUCUUGUUGUUUUUGAGGGACAAACAGGUAGGUGAGUGUAUAAAUAUCAUGCUAACACAUUUGACAUCAACCUCAAGCUCAGCAUGCUUUAUGCACAUUGGCGUUGGGUCACCGUUUUUAGCGACAUCAUUAUUUUGUAUUGGAUUGUGUCAGUGUACCGAAUUUUGCUUUUGCAGAGCACCAAAACCUUAUUCUGCGUCCUGGAACUGAUGGUCUUUCUCUUGCAAACCACAGAAUGAACUGUGAUUUUUAUUUAAAAAAAUAUAUUUUAAUUCAUAUUUUCAACAUGAUUUUUUCUAGUUUAGA